AUGGUUACCUCUCUCUACCCUAAUCCCGUUCAGUCUCCGAGUCCUCAUCUUUCGUUUCCAUCAUAUGAUUCGCCACCCCCUUACCAUUAUUCAACGCAGCAGGGUCCUUCUCCAUAUGUCUUCCCCCAACAGAAAGACGAUUCUUCCUUCAUAAAGUCUAGAUUAUCCGAGAGUCCCGUAUCUACAACUUUUACGGACCAAUCUUCCGAUACCUCGUCUGUCGAACACCCAUCCCGUGAUAAUUCACACAGAGCAUCUCGUUUCACUAUCGCCCACCCAUACGCACGCCUUUACGCGAAGAAGGACGGUUCUAAGCGACGGAAAAUUUGGAACCACGUCCUCGAGAAACAACUCUUCUCUCCUCAGGAGUUGUCAACCAUGGGCGCACCACACAGACGUACCAUUUAUAUCGCCUCUCUCGAGGCCCACAUCGAUCGGCUACACAACCAGCUGCUCGGUAUCGGCCUUUACCCAAUCCCAUUUCAGCGCCUCGAACCAUACCGGGGCCUCAAUUCAAAGACGGCCAAGAGUAUGGUAGCGGGCUUGCAACACGAUGCUACCCAUACAAAGCUUAAGCUGCUAGAGCUAGAACGUUCGGUACAUUCUUCGUCCACUUACCUCCACAUAUUAAACUAA